UUACCUCUUUAAAGAUAAUUUAUUAUUAUUAUUUUUUUAAUUUUCUUAUAUAUUCAGUUGAAUAUUCAACAACCCUAUUUCUUAUUUCUUCGUAUAGGUACCGUCUCUCUCUCUUGUUGGAUUUUCAAAGUCAUGGAGUUUCCUGAAAAGUCUCUUAAAGUGACGAUCCCAGUGAAAGCUCCGGUGAUGAGUUCAUCAAAGCCAGAGAAAGAAGAAAGAAAAGAAGAAGAAGAUAAAGAAGAGGAAGAAGAAGAUAAAGAAGAGGAAGAAGAAGAAGAUGGAUGCACCACUCCAAAGGGGGAAGAACAUAGAAUUCCGCCUCAACACGAGUGUCCUCCGGCACCUCGAUCAGGUAUCCGGGGAAAGAUCGAGAAACGCCGAGCAAAAUCUGCCGGGCAAAGGAGUUUAUCUUUCAACGUUCAAGAGUUGGAUACUUUCUUCGCAAGAAUACCAUAAUGUUGCUGACGAUUCUUGAUACAUGCAUAUUCUUGAUUCCUAGCUAGUGAGUUUCGUUAAUUCCUUAUUAACUGAAUAAUUUUUGAGGUUU